AUGGCCAUCAGAACGAGCUCUACUAUCUGUUCAGACCUGAUCGCCAUCUUGUUAGUGACGUCUGCCACGGCGUUUCAGUUGGCAGGACUUCUGAUACCGGGUUGGUGGAAUGUGCCUGGCUUGCCGACUGCCAACAGAACAACUCGUUAUGGUGUCUGGACAACCCUGACUUGUAUUCACGGAGAAUGUUAUGAGAUUAAUACUCAAAAUACAGGAAAAAACGCCUGGUUACAAGUGACUCAAGUUUUUGAAACUGCUGCUGUUCUGUUGUGUUUUUUGGGAUUACUGGUGUAUAUUUCAUCCUUUCUGAGAGAAAAAUGGAGUUAUAUUUUAAAACGACUGUUUGUUGUUCUGAUGGCCGGUUCAGGUGUUGCUAUAGCAAUAGGAGUGGCGGUAUUCGUUAAGAAAUCGGCUGGAUUAACUCGAUUUAAAGGUCGCGGUGGCCAUGUCGAGUGGCCAAUAGGACUUUCGAUUUUCGCCGCGGUUUUGUGUAUUACAGACGCUAUAUAUAUUGGAUUGAUCCUCCGUCCACCGGACAGCCCUGGUCAUAACAUGUUUCUCUAG